GCUGGGAUAUGUGGAAACUCGAAUCACGGAAUUUGUAGGGUUGGAAGGGACCUCUGGAGAUCAAACAGUCCAACCCCCCUGCCAAGGCAAGAUUACCUGGAGCAGGUGACGCAGGAACACGUCCAUGUGGGUUUGGGAUGUCUCUAGAGAGGGAGACUCCACGCUCUUCCUGGGCACCCCGUUCCAUGCACUGCCACCUUCAGUGGAAAGAAGUUCUUCCUCAUGUUGAGUGGAACUUCCUGUGUCUUAGUUUAUGGCCAUUACUCCUCAUCCUGUUGCUAGGCACCACCAAAAAGAGUCUGGCACCGUCCUCUUGGCACCUGCCUUUGAGAUAUUUAUGUGCAUUGAUGAGAUCCCCUCUCAUUAUUUCCCUCUGUAGACUAAGCAGCCCCAGCUCCCACAUCUCUCCUUCAGAACAGGCCGGUGGUAGGGGAGGGGAACACCAGGAGGACAGUCAGUCUGUGAUAAAUCGGUGUAGUUUGUUUGGGGAAGGAAUAAUGUGAAUAGCUUGUGACAGAGAGAAAAAGUUGAGUUCCUAAAGGACAGAAAUUGAAAUUUGUGUUAAGGAGCUCUAGAUUUGAUCUUCCAAUGGAGUGGGCUGUUUUUCCCCUUUCUCCUUCCAUGCUUAAGAUAUUCCUACUGUGCUGGACCUGGAGGCCAUGGAAAAAUCCCUUUUAGGCUUGUGGACAGAACAUUGCUUGACUGGAGUUCCUACUGGGGAGUAUAAACUCAAAUGGCAGCUUUUACAUGUGCCCAUGUACUUUUGUGAUUCUGUGAUUCUGUGUCUGUACAUCAGGGUUUAUAUGUAUGUGGUAGAGUUUCUGUACUGUAGCAGGAAGAGCUGGUGGUAGCAGAAGUAGUAAAACCUUGAGAUUUGGUGUAAAAUGGUAGGAUGUGAGAAGGGAAAAUCUCAUUUGAGUUUGAAUUUAUAGGGCUUGUCAUCAGAAAUCCUUUUUUUUGAAGUACAGUCUGGGAAUCAAAGCUUAUUUUGUCAGUUAGUUUGCAGAGCAGAACAGCUCUUCUGUAUCAAACAGGAAAUAAAUGUGACAUUUAAAAAAGGGUACAUUGCUCGGUAGAGUUCUUUACUUCUUCUGUGUGUGAGCAGCAGAAGGGGUUGUUAAGCAUUGGAAUGGGCUGGUCAGGGAGGUGGUGAAGUCACCAUCCCUGGAGAUAUUCAAGGAAAGAUUGGAUGGGACACUUAGUGCCAUAGUGUAGCUCUCAGGGUGAUGAUCAGUCAAAGGUUGGACUUGUUGAUCUUGGAGAUCCUUUCCAAUCUAAAGGAUGAAAGAGAGGGUCUGUGGUAAUAAAAAAUCAGUGGGUUGGGUUGUAGUGUACAGUGUGAGGAAGAGGGGAGAGGGGGAGCUGGAGCUUCGAGGGAUGGUGUCAGGAGACAAUGGAAGGGAUACUUUGUGGACAAAAAACAUGAAAAGCAGUGGUCACUGGUGGCUUGCUCUAUCCCCAGGGUAGAGCUCUAUCCCAGGACUGACAGGUAGUAGAUGAGAUGUUUUUAGUGACUGCUGUUACCCAUCCUCUCCAGUGCCCUCGUAAUUCCAGUUAGGAUAGGCUGCCCAGAGACAUUGCUGAGUUUCUGUACCUGAAGAUACUCAGGCUGCCUGGACAAGGCCCUUGGCAAACUACUUUGACUGACCUUGCUUCCUUCAGGAGCACUGGGCAGGUGACCUCCAGACAUCCUUCCCAACCUCAGCUGCUCUGGGAUUCUCUAACUAGUCCAGUGCUUUUCAGAGCAUGUUAAUUUAGGGGUAGGUUCUCUUCAAACAUGUCUGCGUCUCCAGUAGACAGGAAGGCUCUUGGAAUGGGUCUUUACAAGCCUUGACUGGGAGGUUUUUUUCAGUUCCAUAGCAUUUGUAAGAGCUGUUAAGUUCAGGUCUUAUCUCCAAGGUGUUGCUGUCCUGAGCUUUGACUGGCUUUGCAUGUAGAUACAAUAAGAACAGUUUGGUUGAUGUGAACUGAACUUGGUGCCACAUACACAGUGUCAGCAGUUUGUUGAAAUCUAACCCUGAUACUUUUUGUUAAUACAGAAAAGCAACAACUGAACCUGCAUGAAGAUUUUUUUCCAAAGUGUGUGAUAAGGUACAGUCUUCCAUGUAACAUUACAGAACAGUGGGUUUUCUCCCUUGAACUUGUUUUUUGUAGUGCAGAUCCUAGUGGUGUCUUUCACCAUUUAACAUUUGGCCAGAAUGUGCAAGUCAGCACAGGCAGGCAAAAACUCACAGCUAGAACACAAAGAAUAAAUUUAUUUCCAUUACCUUGCUAACCUUGGAAUCUCCAAAGCAACACCUGGGUACAGGUACCCUAGCCUGGAUGUGCUACUGUUAAACUUGGUCCAUGCCAGAGGAUCACCACCCUAUCAAGGCUUAUUCCCAGCUACAGGGUCUCUUGAGUGAUCUACAGUCCUCUUCACCUAUAUUUUCCGAAACCAUGAGAGUUACAUGAUCUGUUCUGUGUUGCGCAUCUUGUUACUGUGAUGGAUUGGUAUGUUAAAAAUCCCAAAUCAAGUUGGUUGGGUUUUUGUGUUUUUGGAAUUUGUUCAAUAAUGUUCUUUUGGGUUCAGGAAGAAUUUGGAGAAGGUGGGAACCUGUUUUCUUCAGCCACCAUGUCUGGAAUUGGCAAUAAACGGGCAGCUGCAGAGCCUGGCCCUUCUGCCCCUCCAGAGAAGAAGACAGGGGUUGAGGAUUCGGGGACCACAGUGGAGACUAUCAAGCUUGGUGGUGUUUCCUCAACAGAGGAGCUGGACAUCCGGACCCUGCAGUCUAAGAACCGGAAGCUCGCAGAGAUGCUGGACCAGCGUCAGGCCAUUGAGGAUGAGCUGCGAGAGCACAUCGAGAAGCUGGAGCGCCGGCAGGCCACUGAUGAUGCCUCUCUGCUGAUCAUCAACCGAUACUGGAACCAGUUUGACGAAAAUAUCCGCAUCAUCCUUAAACGCUUUGAUCUGGACCAAGGUCUUGGAGACCUUUUGUCUGAAAGAAAAGCGCUGGUGGUACCAGAACCUGAACCAGACUCUGACAGUAACCAGGAGCGCAAAGAUGAGAGGGAUCGAGGGGAAGGACUGGAGCCAGCAUUCUCCUUCCUGGCCACUCUGGCCAGCAGCACCAGCGAGGAGAUAGAAUCCCAGCUGCAGGAGCGUGUAGAGUCUUCUCGCCGUGCUGUUGCCCAGAUUGUGACAAUGUAUGACAAACUGCAGGAGAAAAUAGAUGUUCUGUCUCACAAGCUAAACAGUGGAGAUAUUUCAUUGAUGGAAGAAGCAGUACUGGAGCUUAACACCUACCUGUCACAUGAAAAUGGACGGCUGCAGGAACUGGCUGAUGUUCUUCAGGAGAAGCACCGGAUCAUGUCUCAGGAGUUCUCCAAGCUGCAAGAGAGAGUGGAGACAGCAGAAUCCCGUGUGUCUGUUCUGGAGACGAUGAUUGAUGACCUUCAGUGGGACAUCGACAAGAUACGCAAGAGGGAGCAGAGACUCAACCGCCACUUAGCGGAUGUUCUGGAACGAGUCAAUUCCAAAGGCUACAAGGUGUAUGGAGCUGGGAGCAGCCUCUAUGGGGGCACAAUCACCAUUAAUGCCCGCAAGUUUGAGGAGAUGAAUGCAGAGCUGGAAGAGAAUAAAGAGCUUGCUGGGAAUCGUCUCAAUGAAUUGGAGGAACUACGCCAGGAUCUUGAGGAAGUAACAACACAGAAUGAAAAACUCAAGGUUGAGCUGCGACGCGCAGUAGAAGAGGCUGUGAAGGAGACCCCGGAGUACCGCUGCAUGCAGUCCCAGUUCUCUGUUCUGUAUAACGAGAGUCUGCAGCUGAAGGCACAUUUGGAUGAGGCCCGCACGCUGCUCCAUGGCACCCGCGCCACACACCAGCGCCAGGUGGAGCUCAUUGAGAGGGAUGAGGUCAGCCUGCACAAGAAGCUGCGCACGGAGGUGAUUCAGCUGGAGGACACCCUGGCACAAGUCCGCAAAGAAUACGAGAUGUUGAGGAUAGAAUUUGAACAGACUCUUGCUGCCAAUGAGCAAGCAGGCCCAAUUAACCGGGAGAUGCGUCAUCUCAUCAGCAGCCUCCAAAAUCACAACCACCAGCUGAAGGGAGAGGUGUUGAGAUACAAACGAAAGCUGAGGGAGGCCCAGUCUGAUUUGAGCAAGAUCCGCUCUCGUAGUGGGAGUACUCUCUUACAGGCCCAGUCCAGCACUGAAGACACAAAAGAGGAACCUCCAGAGAUCAAGCAGGAACCUGAGGAUCCUUCUGCCCAAGUGUCUGUCCCCAAGGCUGCUGCUGAAGAUGUAAAUGAAAUGAAGGCCAGGCGAGAUGAAGAGGAACGAGAGCGAGAGAGACGGGAGAGAGAGAGGGAACGAGAGAAGGAAAAAGAGAAAGAGAGAGAACGAGAAAAAGAGAAAGAAAAGGAAAAGGAACGAGAGCGGGAAAAGCUGAAGCAGAAGGAAUCUGAGAAAGAGAGAGAAUCCAAAGAGAAGGAGAAGGGGAAGCAUGAAGAUGGAAGAAAGAAGGAGGCUGAAGUGAUCAAGCAGCUGAAGGCUGAGCUCAAGAAGGUCCAGGAGAGCCAGAAGGAGAUGAAGCUGUUGCUCGACAUGUACCGCUCUGCCCCCAAAGAGCAGAGAGACAAAGUGCAGCUGAUGGCAGCUGAGAAGAAGGCAAAAGCUGAGCUGGAAGAACUAAGGCAGAGGGUGAAAGAAUUGGAAGACAAGGAGAAAAAGGAGAGUAAAAAGAUGGCUGAUGAGGAUGCCCUCCGCAAGAUCCGAGCAGUGGAGGAACAAAUUGAGUAUUUACAGAAGAAACUAGCCAUGGCUAAGCAGGAGGAAGAGGCCUUGCUGUCUGAAAUGGAUGUCACAGGCCAAGCCUUUGAAGACAUGCAAGAGCAGAACAUCCGCCUGAUGCAGCAGCUGCGGGAGAAGGAUGAUGCCAACUUCAAGUUGAUGUCAGAACGCAUCAAGUCCAACCAAAUCCACAAGCUCCUGAAAGAGGAGAAGGAGGAGCUGGCAGACCAAGUUUUGACACUGAAGACACAGGUGGAUGCCCAGCUGCAGGUUGUACGUAAGCUGGAGGAGAAGGAACACUUACUGCAGAGCAGUAUUGGCACAGGAGAGAAGGAGCUGGGUCUGCGAACACAAGCCCUGGAAAUGAACAAACGCAAGGCUAUGGAUGCAGCCCAGCUUGCAGAUGAUCUGAAAGCCCAGCUAGAGCUGGCUCAGAAGAAGUUACAUGACUUCCAGGAGGAGAUUGUGGAAAACAGAGUAACUAGAGAGAAAGAGAUGUUUAACUUCAAAAGGGCUGAGGAAGACAUUUCUAGGUUGCGCAGGAAACUGGAGACCACAAAGAAACCUGACAUGGUUCCCAACUGUGAUGAGAUACUAAUGGAAGAAAUCAAGGAUUACAAGGCCCGUCUGACCUGCCCGUGCUGCAACAUGCGCAAGAAGGAUGCUGUGCUCACCAAGUGCUUCCACGUUUUCUGCUUCGAGUGUGUGAAGACGCGCUAUGACACCCGGCAGCGCAAAUGCCCCAAGUGCAACGCGGCCUUUGGGGCCAACGACUUCCACAGGAUCUACAUUGGCUAAUCCCAGGAAACUGCUGCUCACGCUGACCACCCAGCCUCCCUUCUCACCUUCUGCGGCUGCCACCCACAGGGCAGUCAUGGCUUCUGUCAGCUGAUCUGCAGUGUCUUCUGGGAAGUGUGGUUAGGGUAUGGAAAGAAACAGAUUCCAGAUCUUGGUUCUUUUUUUGCCCUCUUUCCUUUUGUUCUUGCUUUUGUUUUUUUUGGAUAUUUUGUGCCUGAGACGAAAUAUUCCAUUCAUCACUAUCACACUGCUAUGCUGGGAACCUCUGACUGACGUCCUGCCUUGAUGCGAUGGAAGCUGUCUGUGGUGCAGCAGAGAUUAGUGAGACCUAUAUUAUUAUGAGGAGUUUACUUUGGAUGUUAAUUAAAUCCCAUCAAGGUAUGGUAGUGCUUCUGAGAGUGAAUAGUUUCCCAGUUAACAGGCCAAAUAACUGAAUCUUUAGACUUCAGUGGAGUGACUCCUUAGGUAUGUAUUUUCCUGAGUCAGGGCAAGAACCUCUGAGGGCUGGUGUAUUAGUAAACAUCCUGCCUAGCCCCAAAAGCACACACAUACAUCUUAAUAUCCAGAAGAGGAGAAAGAUAAGAUGUCAGAGAAUCUUAGAAAAUAGCAUUCCACUGAUGAACUCUGGUUGAUAUGGACACCUUCCCCUAGGCUGAGGCAUCACCAUCAUUGUCCUUAUAAAAUAAGGAUUUUUAGGGGUUCCUUUGUUGCAGCUUUGCCACAAAGAUGAAUUCUUUAUGCACAAAAUCUAAUUAAAGCUGUUGUGUUUUUUUCUGGUUUUCUUGCCUCUGGUAGUAUUUGCCUGGUCUCCUGUUCUUUGUCCACUUAUUAGAAACAUUUUUCACAAGUUUUAAGCUUCUGAAAUAGAGAGACUAACUUCUUCCUUCCUCCACCUUCACAUUAUGCAUGACUGAAACAAGUUUUGUCCUUUUGGAUGUUACUCCAGUAUCUUAUUCUUGACACAAGAGAAGAGCCAAGAUGCUGGACUGUUUCUGCAGCCGUUUUGACAUUGCUGUUGUGAAUUUUGAGAAGGGAUGUGGCAUGGGUUAUAGUCUCUAUGCUUCCUCUGGUUGGAGGCUGUAUUUUAAGUCUGCUCCUAAAAGCAAAACGUCAAGUAAUUUAUUUGCAACUUCCUUCACAGGGUGUAGUGUUUCUCCUGUAAACUUCAUUUUCUUGGAAGGUGCACCUCUCAAGAGGUUUGUCUCAUGUGUGUCUCUUCCCUGAACCAUGAAAUCUGUGCUACCUUCCUGUGUUCACCAUGGGAAAUAGUAGAAAUAGCAGUAAUAGAAAUAGUAGUAAAAUGAAUUAAUCACA